GUUACGACCGCGCUUGAUACGGAAGUAAGGUAAAAGAGGUUGAGUAGAAGGAAGCAUUCGGGCGUGGUUUUCCAACUGGUUACGCUCCUUUCGGCAGACAGUCCAGGAAUACUUCUUGUGGAUGCUAAUGGAACGGCGGGAUAUCUUUCAAUAACAAAUUUGAUCAGUCGGGGGAGGUGAAAAUAUGUGGCAUUAUGAUGCGAACGAUUGUACGAUUAGCAAAAUACAAAAAGUUGGCUAGGAAACGUUGUUCUAUUUGUUGAAGAAGUUGUCAAUGAAUGAUUGAGGCCAUUUAAAAUUAAAUGGCACGCCGGGGAGCGGUGACAUCUCGAUUUAAACGUCACGACGCGAAGGCAUUCACAUCAUCAUUUGCGUCAGACUACAUUGUGAGUUUCGUAUACGAAUUAUGUAUACCUUAUAUCAAAAACCUCAUUGAACAUUAUUUAACGUUGUAAUUAAUAGCCGAAAUUUAUCAACAUAUGAUAAAAAUUACGCUUUAUAUGUAAAAGAAAUUUUUAAAUAAAAUCUGGCAUAUAAAUAAAUUUUGUACUCUUUUUAUAUUUUAAACAUGAUUUCUAAGUUCUAAAUAUCGCUUAUUAAAUAUAAAAAAAAAAUGUGAACUAUCAUUGGUAUACAAUGUAUCAUCAAGUUAAAACUUCGUUUCAUAGACUUAUACAUACAUUGACUGUAUACAUGCUUAUGGAUGGGCCUCUUUAGCAACGAAAAUGUUAUGAUUAAAGUAAAAUUCCUAGAAGGUGUAAAAUGAAAAAUUAACAAAAUUAAAGCAAAGAAUAGUGCCAUGCAGCCCCGCCUAGAUGGGAAACUGGCCUUACUAUAUACAUUAUUAGUUCUCCAAGUACUGAUUGUUAUGAUUUAUGUGGCUACAACUCCACCUUCUGAAUUAACUAUGUCUACAACUCAUACCUCUGUUACAUUUGUAAAAUUUGAAGAACAACAGAAACCAAAAAUUCGACGAACUAUUCAUAAAAAGUUUCCCAUCUACCAGACAAUCAAUGAAGAAGUAGUACUAAAUGAGAUCAAGACUUUCACUCUGUUUGAAGUAUACAAUCAUACAAUAUGUUGGAAACAUGGAGUGGAUGAUCAAAAAAUGAGAAGUAGCGAAGAUCUUCAGAAAUGUAUUUGUAUUCAUGGGUGGCAUGGCUCUGACUGUGGUCAACCAGAAGUUGUUUGGAGAGCAAUCAUGGCAUCAAAACAAAAUGUGAAUUUAAAACAUCGUAAAAUAGCUAGACGUAUUAUUCAUACAUUUUUUCUACAUGAACAUAACUCAGCAAUUGCAGAAGUGAUAGUAGAAGAACUAUACAAUGUAGUGGAUCUUUUUGUAAUCUGUGAUUUCAGUAAUGCAGAGGAUAAUUUUCAUCAUAAGCUGUUUAAAGGUUUAUUACAACAGAAACAAAAGAAAAUUUUAUAUAUUAAUAUAGCAACAAAGAUGCACAAACCAUCGCGAAUAGUAUCUAAAUACAUUUGGGAUAAGCUGAAGACUGUAGUACGAAAUUUAAGGGAUGAUGAUAUUUAUAUAACGACUGAACCAGAACAAAUAUUAAACUCCAGGGCAUUAAUGUUCCUCAAAGUAUAUAAUGGAUGGCCACAACCUAUUGGUUUUAGAUUAAGAUGGUCUGUUUAUGGAUUCUUCUGGCAACAUCCACUUAAGACAACGAUAACAGUUGGUGCGUGUACAAUUGGAUUAAUGCGUGAAGCUUAUCAAUCAAAUUCUAUUAUGUUAGAACAACUGGAAGGAGAUUUGAGUGAAAGAGAUAGCCUAGGCCUAGUAAUAGGAGAUUUAAAUCAUUAUGGAGGAUGGUACUGUUACCUAUGUCAGGCACCUGCAAAUAUUAUAACUAAUUUGCAUAAUAAAGUUAAAUCCAAAGAAAUUCAAAUAGAAAAAACUAUCGACGUACCGUUCAUUGAGGACCUAAUAGGAAGUGGAUUAUGGUUAGAUGGAAAAACUAAUCUCUUAAGAGUCUCUAAAUCUCAGGACCUCUAUUUUGCGCCUGAAACAAUACUUAAUAAUACAUGGAAAUACGACUGGCUAGUAGAAAAUUUCUACGCUAAAUUAGACUAUUAUUGACAUAUUGGUUACACCUGACUGUGAUAUUAACUCAUACUCAAUACUCAAUGUAAACUAUAUAAUAUUGUACUGAAUUUAUAUACCAAAAUAAUAUGUUGAAUGAAUUGUGAAUGUUAAAUGAUUUAUAUACAUAUAACUUAUAAAGAAAA